AUGUGCGCGCGGGGCGCGCCUCUGGCCCCGGCGUGGGCAGGUGUCGCGGAAAAAGGUACUAGCCCAACAGAGUUGCGCGGCGAGUGGUUUGCAGACCAGGGCAGUGCUCCCAAUGGCAGUGCCGCUGGUGUUGGAAGCUUGUUUGGGUGGACAGGCGCAUUGGCGGUAGAGCUUCUUGCAGACGCGGAUGUGUAUGCGAUAGACAACCGGGAUGUGGACGGCACGCCUUCGGAAGAAGAUCCAGAGGCUCCAGGCUCAUCUCGCAACCUGGUGCGACUAAAGUCGAUGCAACAGGGCCCUCCCUGGGGACGCUUCGCAGCGCUCUGGGUGUGCUGCACGCUCGCCUCUGGGAUCCUACCUGGGCAGUCCCUCUUUGCGGAGCUCUUCGCGGAUGCCGGCGUUUUUGGCAGCAUGUGCGAGGAGGGCAGGAAUGCAUGCGAGGAUCAAUUCUUGGUGCUGACCAGCAUUUUCGGCGUUGGGCAGACGGUCGCCUACGGAUUUUCUGCGCCCAUCGGCUUAUUCUACGACCGCUGGGGAGCAAUGAUCGUGGGCACUGUCGGUGCUCUCCUUUGUGCAGUUGGGUUGGCCCUGGUGACCUUAUCAGUGGUGGGUGCCGCACAUGGUUCCGACUCGGUCACCGCCAACCUUUUCGUCCUGGGAGUUUUCGUGUGUGACUUUGGCUCGAUGCUGAACAGUUUCUCCUUCAUGGGCUUGAUUUGGCACUUCCCCGGAAAGCAGACGCUGGUGAUCGCGCUGAUCAACGCCACGUACCAGGCUUCCGCCCUGCUGCCACUGGCUUUGCAGGCCGCGAUGGAUAGCUACUCUGUGCCCUUGUACGUGUACCUGAGCUUGUGGACCUUGGUGGUGCUUGGCAGUGUCUACGUGUGCUACGUGAUGACCCCUUCGCAGGCGGAGUACUAUGAGCAGGCGAAGAAAGUUUUAGGAAUGCCGCUUCCGCGUCCGCCAGCAGAUCUGAAAGUGCGGGAGAUGGUGGGGAAGGCCUGGCAGGUGCUGCGACAGCACACCCCGCAACACGUGGCUUCCGGCCUGGCCCUGUCCUUCGGCUUUGCGUUGCCAGGCUACUAUGCAUCUAUGGCCGCUCCCUAUGGUCAGGCGUUGUUUGGCACCGCUGCCGAUGGCGAGAGGCUGGCGGAGAUCAACGUUCUAUGCACUUCGGUGGUUGGCCUAGCUGUGGGCCCCUUCUCUGGCAGCAUUGGAGACCACUUCGGCCUGGAGGUGCUCAUUGUGCUUCUCGUCAUCCUCACGGGCUUGGCCACCGUGACCCUGCUGUUGGCUUCCUGGCCGGCGCAGAUCCUUUGCGCGUCGUCCUUGACUUUCUUCACCGCGCUCUUUUCAAUCUUCGUCUCCCGUUAUUUGCUUCUGUACUCGCCUCCAAAUCGUUAUGGCGCCGUGCAGGGUAUUUAUAUGCUCGUGGUCAUCUUAAUCAGCACGCCCUGGUCUCUGGGCGGAGUUGCGGCAACGGCGCUGCUUGGCACAGGACUGGGCGCCUACACAAUUCCCAUGUUGGUCUUUGGGCUGACCGGGGUGGUAAGCCUCGCCUGGUAUGCCUGGUAUUUCCGACAGAACCCGCCACCACAGAAUCCGACUCUGUUGCCUGAGGAUGAGGUGGAGUUGGCAAUACGCUUCGGGUGUGGGAACUUGGAGGAGGUGAUGGAGGUGACCCACAUGAGCAGCCGCAAGGAACUGAUCCGGAAGCUUGCAUCCACGGACCCCGAUGUGAUUCUAAGCCUUAUGAAAAGCAUCGACAUGGAGAAGAUGAUGGAGCUGUCCCGUCGAUCCGUGGAUGACAUCUUAGACAAUGAAAGCUGCAGGAGGAAGAGGAAGCGGAGGAAGAGGAGGAGGAGGAGGCUGAUGCUCCCGCGGGCACGCUCACUGCAGAUGUGGAGGAGCCAGUGA